AUGAGGCCCAGGAUACCCACUCAACUGCCCCCGCCCUUCAACCAACUGCCUCGGUACCCCAUUCUAUACCAUGAACCUUCUCCAAUUCACCCCCUCCCCACACUCAGCCAAAUAAGCACCAGAAUCCCCCACGCCGACUCCUCCCCGAGAAUCUGCAUCUUCGCCAAACGCGAAGACCAGAGCUCCCCGCUCGCCUGCGCAGGGAACAAAUACCGCAAACUAGAAUACCUCGUCCCAGACAUCUUCUCCCCAACACCGACAUACCACUACCAUGAAUCCCAUCCAACAAAUCAAACCCUCCAGGGCCCAGCAACAAUUCUCGUCACGGAAGGUGCCCUCCAAAGCAACCACACCGUCCAAGUAACCGCCCUCGCACGAAAACUAGGCUUGAAAGCCCUGGUCCUACUUAACCGCGACACGGGCAGUGGGUACAAAACCAGUUCCUCGCCCGAUCACUUCGCCCAACUAGGAAAUGUGCAAAUCAACAAACUUCUCGGCGCGGAAAUACGCAUGUACAACGCAGACGACCCCGAAGCUACAGAUGCCCAGCCCGUCCUGGAAGAACUACGAAAAUCAGGUCAAAGACCCUACUGGAUUCCCGGCGGCGCAAGUCUACAUCACCUAGGAGGUCUAGGCUACGCCCGAGCCGCCUUUGAAAUCGCCGAACAAGAGUCUGAAUGCCGACUCGGCGGCUCCGGCCUCUUCGAUUUUAUUUUCGUCGCCUGCGGGAGCGGAAGUACCGUUGCCGGAUUAAUAUCUGGGUUCAAAUUAGUUGACAGUCUUCGAAUGGGCUCCGGCGAUAACUGGCCCCGCGGACCACGGAAUAUUAUUGGCAUUCUGAACUCGCCGACUAGACCACGAGCGUAUCAUGAAGAGCGGGUGCUUCGGUUUGCGAGAACGGCGGGACAGCUUAUUGGUCUGUUUAAUUCCGAGCGGGAAAUUACCAUGGAUGAUGUGCAUUUGGAUGAUCGGUUUGUUGGGGAAGGGUAUGGAGUUAUCGACGAUGAGACGCGCAAGGCAUUGUCUAUGAUGGCAGAGACGGAAGGGAUUUUGUUGGAUCCGGUGUAUACGGCCAAGGUUGCGGCGGGGAUGAUGCAUUGGGCACAAAGUGAGGAGAUGAUAAAGUAUGCCGAGAAAAAUAGGUUGGGAGAGGUAAAUGUCUUGUUCAUUCAUACUGGUGGGCAAGCUGCGCUAUCGGCAUACUUUGACCGGGUCGUCUAA